AUGGCGGGCCAGUUCCGCAGCUACGUGUGGGACCCGUUGCUGAUCCUGUCGCAGAUGGUCCUGAUGCAGACCGUCUAUUACGGCUCGCUGGGCCUGUGGCUGGCGCUGGUGGACGCACUGGUGCGGAGCAGCCCGUCGCUGGACCAGAUGUUCGACGCGGAGAUCCUCGGCUUUUCCACCCCUCCAGGCCGGCUCUCCAUGAUGUCGUUCGUCCUGAAUGCUCUCACCUGUGCCCUGGGCUUGCUGUACUUCAUCCGGCGAGGGAAGCAGUGUCUGGAUUUCACGGUCACUGUCCAUUUCUUCCACCUGCUGGGCUGCUGGUUCUACAGCUCCCGGUUCCCCUCGGCGCUGAGCUGGUGGCUGGUCCAGGCUGUGUGCAUCGCGCUCAUGGCUGUCAUCGGGGAAUACCUGUGCAUGAGGACGGAGCUCAAGGAGAUACCCCUCAACUCAGCCCCGAAGUCCAACGUGUAGGCUCACGCCCUGUGGACACCCCGCUGGAAGUUGGGCCCCCCAACAUCUUGAGCCGCUCAGACCCUCCAGCUGAGGUCCAGCCCCGGUUUUGGAGAAACCCUGGAAAUGUGAAGUGUGUUGGUGUGAGAGAGAGUGAGACCCCAUCAAGAAGGCAGGGAGCGGGGUGGGCUUACAGCUAGAGGACGGCAACCCUCUGCUGGAGCCUUUGCAUCCGCGAGGCCAGUGAGGGGACCUCACUGAGGAUCCCAACAGAAGUGGAGCCAUGUCACUCUUGAGCCAUCGUACCUGUCACCAGCCUGUUCUUUGUUUUUGCCUUUUUUUAAAAAAAAGAACCAUGAAAUCAAGGAUAUUUGAUUGGAGCAAACCACUCUGUAUUCACGUGUCACCUCUCUGUACAGUGCUACCAUGGCCUGGCUGCCAUGGCCACAGUGAUUCUGUUGGGAGAAGCACGUGAUUUCUGGAUCCAGAGCUGCAGAAAGAUGUAGGUGCAGUGUUCAAGGCCGCUGUCAGGGAGAGGACAGCUGAAGGAGGCGUCACGCACAAGGAAAAUGCGUAGCCUGUGACCUUUGUACACGUGUGUGCGUGUGUACCCAAGGGUCCUGGGACCACCCUUCCUCCCAGUUCCAUACCCUGCUCACAGCUCUCAACGUGGCUGCUCAUAGGACCCAGAGAAAAAUCCCAGCACCAUUCCCAGUCUAAGGCACAGAACAAGUCCCUGCUGGCCCUUGCUGGCCCUUGCUUCUGGCAGGAGUUCAUUUUCUUGCCUCAAGUGGAAUUCUGCAGUGAGAAGGUUGGUCGGAUGCGGGGCCCGGACACAGGCAGCCCAGCCCGCCAGCCUGGGACACACUGGCACUCUGAGGGAGUUAGGAAUUUGCUGCCAAGAUUUUUUCCUUUGGGAUGGAGUUUCCUCUGUGAGGGGCUUGUGGCUGUCCUUCCUGUGUACCUAAAUACAGUAUUUUCUGCA